CGCCUUCAAUGAAUUGCCAGUCAACGGACCGCGGGCAGACCGAUAGUUCGUGGCAAGUCAUUACCGGCGACCGUCUCUUUCGCCGGGAACUCGCCAGUCGGGGACCCACACGUCAUCUUCCUCUUUCCUCGAAGGUACACCUUGCCGUUAAAUGCAAAGUGAGCACACGCGUCUUCAAAUUUGCGACUGCGCAAUCGACAAGGUCCAACGAUUAAGCCCACAUCACUCUUCAUUACGUAGAAAAAGAGAAUGCUAACCAUUCGCAUCCAGGCCAACGAAAAGGGUGCAUCAGAGCUCAUUAUUUGAAGAUGCCGUGUUAGUAGUGAUGAGGCCACACCGACAACUUUCGUUUGAUAACGAAACAUGUAACAACAUGUAGACAUGUAGACUUGACAAGAUAAAUCCCCCAUCACAUCAUACUGUAGCCUUUUACCUGAGCCAACUGGAAGCCGUCUAGUUAAUGGCAGUUUAAUUCCUACCUUGAACCUUGUGUGCGAUUUUUUUAAACGUCAUACUUUCAAGAACCUAAAUACGGAGGCGUACCGGAGGUUCACCACAGCCUGUGCCAUGGAUCGUGUUCAGGGGUGAAUUUUGUAGUACUAGGUCUUUUCACGUUGUUGCUGGACUUAAAUGAUUUUUUCGGCAUCAUGAACACUGGGUUCUGCGUGGUACUCGCUUUCAGUAUCUUCCUUGUAGUCCACACGGACUCCAUAUCGCCAAAGGUCUACGAGGAGCCCGGCGACUACAUCAUCGGUGGCCUGUUGCCUGUCUUGGAGGAGAACUGUUUGUUUCUCCGGGAGUUGGAGACCCUACACCGGCUGGAGGCGAUGGCCUAUGCCGUGCGGCAGAUCAACAAUCGCUCAGACAUCCUGCCCAACAUCACCCUGGGCUUCCGGAUCUACGACACUUGCUCCCGCGAGCCCACCACCGUGGCGCAUACGACUCUCUUCAUCCCAGAUGCGAGCAUCAACUUAGGUGCUACAGCUUCGUGCGAGGAUCCUUUCAAGGAGUGGAAACCAGUGAUUGGUGUCGUCGGGACCGAGAAGAGUUCAACCGCUAAAGCUGCGGCGCAGCUGCUUGGUGUUUACAAAAUCCCCUUGUUGAGCUUCUUCGCAACUGCGCAGGAGCUAGACGACAAAAUUCGCUAUCCGUACUUCUUGAGAAUGAUCCCAUCGGACAAACUGCAGGUGAAAGCUGUCGUCGCCCUCAUGGAAGAAUUUGGCUGGAACUACGUCUCCGUCAUCUACUCCAGCGACAGCUACGGCCGGGACGCCCUCGCCAGCUUCCAAGAGGAACUGACCUUCAAAUACACCAUGUGCAUCGGCGUCCAGUUCGAGAUCGACACGAACACCCCUUCAGUCGUCGUAGACAUUGCAGUCAGGGAGAUCUUGGCCCGGGCCGACACGGCCAAAGUCGUGAUCCUGUUCACGCAGGCCAACCACGCCAAUAAGGUGCUGGAAUCGAUGACUAGGAUGAACGCCAAGGGGAAGAUUCAGAUUAUUGGCAGUGAUGGUUGGGGGAUGAGCAUGGGGGAGAUAAAAAAAGGAAACAGGGAGAUGGCUCGUGGCGCAAUCAAGACACAGUUACCGGACGAGGAAGACCUAGAUUUCGAAGACUAUUUUAUUGACCUGAUGAUAGCGAAUGACAGCACACUCCCUGGCUACAAGAACCCCUGGCUUGACCAAUAUAAGGUGAAAUACGCCCUCGAUUGUGUCGUUGGACAUGGAUGUGACAAAGUGUAUGGGCGAGGAUUCAGCGAGCCUAGCGGCGUGUCUCGAGUCAUUGAUGCUGUGAGGGUGUACGCUUAUGCGUUGGACGAGAUGGUUUGGGACUACUGCAACGCAACCACAAAUUCAAGUCCGCCAUGUAAUAUCAGCAACUUGGUUGUCGAAGGGGAAACAUUUUUUCAGCACAUGACAGCCGUGAUCCAGCCGGGAUCUCGCUAUAGUUCGAUGUUCGCGCACUCCUCCGGGAGGGUUAUGCAGAAACGGUACGAGUUGGAGGUAAUCCAGGAGCACAACGAGACGCAGUACGAACUGAAACGCAUUGGGAUAUGGGAUUUGCUCCACAAGUUGACCAUCACCGAGCCCAAUAUUCCAUGGGGUGUGCCAGGGGACCAGGGCGAGUUCAGUUCCCCGCCUUCGUACUGCAGCAAGCCAUGUGAGCCUGGGUACAUCAAGACGGGGAUAGGUGAGCGCCAAUGCUGCUGGGAAUGCACGCCGUGCGGCCAGCGCGAUAUCGUUGUGAACGAGACGGUGUGCAGCCCCUGCCAAGACAGGGAGGUCCCGGACCAGUCACGGCUCAGCUGCGAGCCGGUGGAGCCACUCUAUAUCCACUGGGAAGACCCUGUCGCUAUCGUGCUGGUGGUCAUCACUUCCCUGGGAGUAGUGGCCACCAGCCUGGCCUUCCUGGUAUACGUCCGCAACAAUAGGCAUCCGCUCAUCAAAGCUUCCAGCCGGGAGCUGAGCUACCUCAUGCUCCUCGGGGUGCUGUUGUGCUACGGUAUGGUCUUCGCGUUCUUUGGCAGGCCCAGUGUGGCCACCUGCUACGUAAUCAGGGCCGGGUUCAUGCUGGGUUUUACCUUCACCUACGCACCUCUCUUGACUAGAGCAAAUCGCAUUUAUCGGAUCUUCAAGGCCGGAAAGAGAUCCACCAAGAGACCGAGUUUCAUCAGCCCGUGGUCUCAGGUCGUCAUGUCCUUGGUGUUAAUUCUAAUACAGCUCGUAAUCAGCACAGCUUGGCAUAUCAAGGAACCACCAGCACCUGUGGAGAAGGUGCCCCAACCGGGCCAGGUGGAGCUCAUGUGCAACAUCAGCAACGACGAGAUGAUCAUAUCCCUCAGCUACAACGUCAUCCUGGUAGUGCUGUGCAGUGUGCACGCCUUCAUUACCCGGAAGGUCCCCAACAACUACAACGAGUCCCGCUUCAUCAGCCUGAGCGUGUACACCACCCUGGUGAUUUGGCUGGCCUUCAUUCCCUGCUACUUUCUAAUCCCGGGGGCCGUGGUGCAGCUGGUGGUCAUGGCCGUGGCGCUCAUCAUCAGCGGCAGCAUCACGCUGGCCUUCAUGUUCUUCCCCAAGCUCUACGCCGUGCACUUUGUGGCCGAGGACCACGUCCACGCGGCCGCCACCUACCGCGAACCGGGCUCAUUGACCAACAGCAAAGCGGCUGGCGAGGGCAGCAGUAGCGACAAGCUGGCCGCGUUGCGUCGCGACCUCACCAGUACGGCCCGAACGCUGAUCCGCAGCUCUAGCGUGGCGCCAACCACAAUGAAUGUCGCGUCACAGAUCGACCUGAGAGGCGACCUUGCUUUGACAGAUAAUGUGAUACAACAGAGAAACUUCCAGUCACUUACUCCAACCCAGGCUUUAGACCCAAACGACAUGAUAAGUUGAACUGGUCCUACAUCGACUACAGCAACCCUUGAGUCUGCAUAAAUCAAAUAACCAUAGGGUUGUAGGCCCCGAGCAAAGACAGAGGGCACAUGGCACGCAUCCAUUCUUCGCACUCACCAGAUUUCAGUCGUGCGCGCGAACUAAACGUAGUGCGUGUUCGAGUGAGAGAUAGGCUUCUGCCUAAAUGUCCGCUCACAACCAAAACUGCAUAACGGCGAUGUGUCCUCGGUUUAAUACCAACUUAGUAAUGUUUUUGGUGGUUUAACUUUGACACAGUUUUGUAGGAAUCAAAUAUCUUCCUUUGGAUCCAAACAUCCCAUACACGUAGAGUGAACUGUACGCCCUAUGUACAGAGAAUUGCAACAUAAGUCUCUCCAUUGUGGAACCAAAAUGGUGGAUUAUGCGCCAUUUCGCCUGGACACUAAGCACAUAAUAGCUGCAUGCUGCACUGCACAAAUAAUGAACAGCCAUUUUGGUUCUAAAGUUUGGACUUGGCGCUCAGACCGGUUCCCGUCCCGUUCGUAGUUUUCAGACGUCUUACUGACGUCCUCUAAACCUAGGGACCAGUGGCGGGUAAUGAAUCCGGCAGAACCCUGCUUAUUGCAGGCCUAUGUAAAUGAGGAAACGAUGCCCUCUCAAUGCAGAAAUUAGGCAGGAGCUUAUGGCAUAUUUUGCUAUUUCUUCUCCGUAACCGAAAUUAACUUCACCAGAAAUAUUUUCGCUCCAUUAUCUAAAAUUGAACACAAUAACAUUUAACCUGACUUCAACUCAACUCGGGGUGGAUACCAUAGACACGUAAACGCAUAGACUGCCAGGUCCUAUUCAAAACUACAUGGGUUUUUAGUGAUAAGCGCGGCACCCGACUAAAAUCAAAACUAUGGGAAAAUUCACCCCUCAGUACAGGGAACUUACGCACAGUUGAAGAAUUCCAGCCAUAAAAUUCUACGAAGCCAUUUUUGAUUGUAAAAAAAAUCAUCUAUUUACUGAAUCUGGCCCUUAGGGAUGUGCACUGCACAUAGGGUUACAUGCAUUGAUCGCCGUUUACAUGGAACCACGGAACAGGAAGUUAACGCGCAACUUCAGCGAUUGUCCAAUGCUGAGAGCCUGCAAAUCGUGGCGCGUCCGCUUUGUGGCGAAAUCACUUACGAACUUGAUACUUUUCAAAAUCACGGUUUUACGCGCAAGACCGACGGUCUAUGUGUUUAUAUGUCUGUGGCGGAUACCAAGGGGCAACCUCGACUCUGUGGGCUGCGUGCGCGUUCCUUCACUAGCAUCGCGUUAGAUCGUGCAAGGCCUUGUAAGAACCAACAUGGCGGUGCAAGAUCGUACGCAUGGGAACGAGGUUGACCAAGGGUGAAUUUGCCCACGACUUCGGAUUUAGUCGGGUGAUGUCUCGGCUACGGUACCCCGCCAUUGUUUGAAUUGGAGCUGUCCGUCGAAGGGUUUAUGUGUCUGUGGUUUGCACUGUUAAAUUGUGCCACCUAUCGUUAGCUUGGCAGAGGGCACUUCAACUUCACAGCAUUCAUCUCAGUGCAGGUUGAUUUUAUAUGUUUUGAUGGUCUGCUGAAGUCGAUAAAAUGAUUCGGCUGACAAUAGGGAAUCCUCAACGUUUUAAAAGUAUGCGUGAAACAAGAACCCGUAAUGAUUUUCUAGACAUUUUCCCUACUUUACAAAGCAAACAGAUGAUGGUCGUGUAAAUUAUUGUAAAUGUCACAAAGUGAAUUGAUUCAAACAGUCUAUGAAGUUCCUCUUGAUUUACUGGGCAAUUUUCUCGUCGAAUUAUCAUUUCGGAAAAUUGUAAAAGCGGGUUUGUCUUAUUGUACCUUGGUGGGCAUUUUCCGCAACUAAGUAAACAAUGAAACGAAUAGUACCUGUACAUAUUUGUGUUGCAUGAAUACUUGUAAAAUUAUUUAACCGAGCGUUACUUAAUUAACACUUUAUGAAGUUCUGCACAGCACUUCCUUAUCAAGAAUUUCAAUUCUCACAAAAAGUAUCUGCCUUUACAGGACAAGAUUGUUUGUUGUCACUGUAGCCAAUAGAAAAGGUCUACUUUGAUAACUACAUGUAAUCAGUACUUGUUAUUAAGCCAUUUAGACGUCAUCAUGACUUCACGAUUUUGGAAAUCGUAGUCUUUUCAUCACGAUAAUAUACUCACAAAUACAACGUUUUUGCAUCAUAAGAAAAAAAUAAACAAACUGCUUGUGAUAGACAUCGGUACUUCAUUUCUACCAUAAACCCCAGCUUUUUUUAUACAUGUAUAUACACUUUAGAACAACCUCAAUAGUACAUUAUGAAUAGGCACAUGUACAAUAAUUAUGAAUGUCCUUAAUUAAAGUGCAUACUCUUGAACACUGUACAGAUAAAGUGCACGUAUUUGCCGUUAGUAAAUGCAGGGAUACGUCAAUAAUAAUAUUGUACGUAUUAUCAUAAUAUAAAUGAUCGUGGAAUUUUCCUA